AUGAGGCUUUUAUUAUUUGCAUUUUACGCUGACAUGGGUAGCUCGAGAGAUAUUGCAAUAGGGCCCGUGGCAGUCGUUUCACUUCUUCUAAGAGCUAUGUUGCAAAAUGAGAUUGAACCGGCAGACGAUUUUGAAGCUUCUGCGAAACUCGAAUUCAUUAACCAACAAAAUCUCAUUAUGAACAUGGAGAACAAAGCACUGAAGCAACGCCUAGAGAGUUUAGCUCAGGAGCAGCUAUCAAGUAUUAAUUCCCGCACACGCAAGUCGGGGAUAGAGUUGGCAUCUGGUAAACACCUCCCCUCUUCACAAUCUCUCAUUCCAAUUCUCAAAAGGAACAAUUCAGUCACUCACAUAUUCACAGGAAACUAG